AAUCAAUACUGAAUUGGGUAAUCAGUAACUAGAAUGGGUGCUGAACAAGUUUAAGAAAGGCAGCAGAGAACUGGGAGUUCAUGAAACAAACACCUCGCUCAGCUGCAGCAGAUACGACGGAAUUAACUUGACAACCAACAAAAGGCAAAAUGCAGACGCUACAGACCAUUCUCCGACUACUCCUCACUUUGUUAUACUGCCGCAUCUCAGCAAGUCAAGGCAACCGUGUCUACAUCCACCCGUUCCACCUCUUUGCGGCCGAAAAUGUCACCUGUGAGACUCUGCAGACCCAAAGCAACAAGCAUUUGGAGACUCCUGUGGCCACACUUCCUGUGGCACCUCUCGACAUUGAAGUCCUCACACCUAGCAGCAGGGGCCCAUCAGAAGAGAGUGUGCAAAAGCAGAACAUCACAGAGAGAACAUCUGUUCUGGCCGCACUGUCAAACGCUAUAGGUCUUAGGAUGUACCACGCUCUUAGUAGCAACCAGCACAGCACCAACACCUUCCUCUCUCCGAUCAACACCUACGGAUCCCUUGUUACUUUCUGCUUGGGAGCCUCCAAGAAGACAGCAAGCUUAUUCCAGUUUCUUCUGGGCCUGAGCAGUGACACCGAUCGUGAGGACUGUGUGUCACUAGUGGAUGGGCACAAGGUUCUCAAGACCCUACAGAGCAUAAACUCUUUGGCGGAUGAUGGACCCAAAGAUGAAAUCACCACCCAGGUCUGGGCCUUCACUCGGCAGGAUGUUCAGCUGUCUGAAGAAUUUAUUCAAGGCACACACGACUUCUCCGAUGCCUCCUUUAUCCGAAGCGUGGAUUUCUCAAAUCCUCAAGCAGCAAAGGACUUAGUGAACAGCUUUGUGGAGAAGACAUCAGCUGGGAAGUUGAACAACCUCUUCAAAAAUCUGAACUCCAGCACAGAUCUUCUGUUCAUUAGUUCUUUCAACUUCCAAGGCAGCUGGAAAACAGCUUUCCAACCACAAAAGACCUCCUUGCAGGAGUUUCACGUGGAUGAAACAACCACAGUAAUGGCUACCCAGAUGACCCACACAGGUCGAUACUACUAUUUGAAUGAUAAGGUACGCCAGUGCAUUGUUGUGAAGCUGCCUCUAAGCAAGCGAUACCUCUACAUGUUGUUGGUCCUCCCCCACAAAGGAGCCAAACUUGAUGGCAUCGAGUCCGAACUGCAUAGUAACAUCAUGUUCGACUGGCACCAGAGUCUCAAGGAAGGUUUGUUGGAGCUGUCAAUACCGACGUUCUCCUUGUCCUCUGUGACUGAUCUGCAUGACUUGCUCACCAACAUGAAUCCAAAAGUAGAGACCAAACUUUUGGGAUCUCAGGCCAAGUUCAGCCAGCUGAGCAACUCCACAGCUUUUACUAUUGAUAAGGCGGUCAACAUAGUCCUAUUUGAGAUGUCAGGGGAAGAAGUCGAACAUGAGGAGAAGAUCCAUGAAGAAGGAGUUCCUCUGACGCUGUCCUUCAACCGGCCGUUCUUUUUUUCUGUCUUUGAAGGACAUUCUAAUGCCAUUCUCAUGCUGGGCAAGAUCAGCAAUCCUGCACUCUAAACACCAACAAAAGCUUCUGACAAAUAUCUUGUAGGAGCCCCGUGACUUCACACUGUGCUUCAUCCACCAAAGCCAACAUGCUGCAGCGGCUGAUAUCAGUCACUCUGUUGACAUAAUGUCAUUUUUCAGCAUAAUUGAGUCAUAUUCUGUAGAUGUAUGAUCUAAAAAUUCUGCAAAAUUAGUCACCUUUCACUAGUUUACUAAUCUUGUGGUUGACAGUCGGUAUUCCCAUCACAGUAUUUAUGGACUUUUUAAUGUGAACUUGAAAAGUAGAAUUGAAGCAAACAGAUAAAAUCCUAAAAAA